AUGCCCGGGUAUUCCAGCGACAGGGAUAGAGGGUGAGUCCGGGGGUUUGGAGCCCCCCGUUUUGGAGGAAGUAGAGGUGGGCCUCUCUCUGGGAAGAAAUUUGGAAACCCUGGGGAAAAACUUACAAAAAAGAAAUGGAAUUUAGAUGAGCUGCCCAAAUUUGAGAAGAACUUCUAUCAAGAACAUCCUGAUGUAGUUAGACGUACUGUGCAAGAAGUUGAACAGUACAGAUCAAGCAAAGAAGUCACAGUUAGGGGCCAUAACUGUCCAAAGCCGAUUAUAAACUUCUAUGAAGCUAACUUUCCUGCAAAUGUUAUGGAAGUAAUUCAGAGGCAGAACUUCACUGAACCAACUGCUAUUCAAGCACAAGGUUGGCCUGUUGCAUUGAGUGGAUUGGAUAUGGUUGGAGUGGCACAGACUGGAUCAGGGAAAACACUGUCUUACUUGUUGCCUGCUAUUGUGCAUAUAAAUCAUCAGCCAUUCCUGGAGCGAGGAGAUGGACCUAUUUGUCUUGUGUUGGCACCAACUCGUGAGCUGGCUCAACAAGUGCAGCAGGUAGCUGCUGAAUAUAGCAGAGCAUGCCGUUUGAAGUCUACAUGUAUUUAUGGAGGUGCUCCGAAAGGACCACAAAUUCGUGACUUAGAAAGAGGUGUGGAAAUCUGCAUUGCAACACCUGGAAGACUUAUAGACUUCUUAGAAGCUGGAAAGACCAAUCUCAGGAGGUGUACUUACCUUGUCCUUGAUGAAGCUGACAGGAUGCUUGACAUGGGAUUUGAACCUCAGAUCAGAAAAAUUGUGGAUCAGAUAAGACCUGACAGGCAAACUCUGAUGUGGAGUGCUACAUGGCCAAAGGAAGUAAGACAGCUGGCUGAAGACUUUUUGAAAGAAUAUGUACACAUCAACAUCGGUGCAUUAGAACUAAGUGCAAAUCAUAACAUUCUUCAGAUUGUGGAUGUGUGUCAUGAUGUAGAGAAAGAUGACAAGCUUAUUCGUUUGAUGGAAGAAAUAAUGAGUGAGAAGGAAAAUAAAACAAUUGUUUUUGUGGAAACCAAAAGACGGUGUGAUGAUCUUACCAGGAAAAUGAGGAGAGAUGGGUGGCCAGCAAUGGGUAUUCAUGGUGAUAAAAGUCAGCAGGAGAGGGACUGGGUUCUAAAUGAAUUCAAACAUGGAAAAGCACCAAUCCUGAUUGCUACAGAUGUUGCAUCCAGAGGUCUAGAUGUGGAAGAUGUGAAAUUUGUCAUCAAUUAUGACUACCCUAACUCCUCAGAGGACUAUAUCCACCGAAUUGGACGAACUGCCCGCAGUACCAAAACAGGCACAGCAUACACAUUCUUUACUCCUAACAAUAUUAAGCAAGUAAAUGACCUCAUCUCUGUGCUUCGGGAGGCUAAUCAAGCCAUCAACCCCAAAUUGCUUCAGUUGAUUGAAGACAGAGGUUCAGGUCGUUCCCGAGGUGAUCGACGUGACAGAUAUUCUGCGGGCAAAAGGGGUGGAUUUAGUAGUUUUAGAGAGAGGGAGAACUUUGAGAGAACCUAUGGUGCGCUAGGAAAGAGAGACUUUGGAGCAAAAACUCAAAAUGGGGCUUACAGUGCCCAGAGUUUCAGUAAUGGAACACCUUUUGGAAAUGGCUUUGCAGCUGCAGGCAUGCAGGCUGGCUUCAGGGCUGGUAACCCUGCUGCAGGAGCUUACCAGAAUGGCUAUGAUCAGCAGUAUGGAAGUAAUAUUGCAAAUAUGCACAAUGGCAUGAACCAACAGCAGUAUGCAUAUCCUGCCACUGGUGCUGCUCCUAUGAUAGGUUACCCAAUGCCGACAAGUUAUUCUCAAUAACUUAGUGUAUUUAAAUGUCUCAGUUUUUCAUAAUUGCUCUUUAUAUUGUGUGUUAUCAAAACAGGAUAGUUAUUUAAGAAAUGGGAAAUGCAGAAAUGACUGCAGUGCAGCAGUAAUUAUGGUGCACUUUUUCGCUAUUUAAGUUGAAUAUUUCUCUACAUUCCUGAAACAAUUUUUAGUUUUUUGUACUAGAAAAUGCAGACAGUGUUUUCAAAGUAAAUGUACAGUGAUUUGAAAUACAGUAACAGAAGGCAGUGCAUGGCCUUCCAAUAAAGAUAUUUGAAGACCGAAUUUUCUUUCAGAUGGCAAUUUUCUCAACAUGUGCACAACUUUACAUUAAUGGAAUGUCAAAUGUUUUUAUAUUAAAUUCUAGAAAGGUUUCUCAA